UAUAAAAUUUCGGAGUUUUCUUUUUCGAUUUUAGUACCAAUAUUAGUGAUUAGUAGUAGUACCGCUGCCUCCGUUCCGGUACAUGAGGCCCCAACGUAUAUCUAGGUUGAAGAUUUAACUAAUGUAACAUUGUUUUUAUAUCACAAAAAUAUAUUAUUAGAAACAAAUAUUUAAAGUUUUAAUGGUGUAAUUUUUGUAAUACAAAGCUCAUGUUAAAUUAGUUAAAAUCUUCAACCUAAGGAUGCGUGAGAGCCUCAUGUACCGGAACGGAGAGCACAAGCCGAUAACAAGAAAAACGCAACAAGCAGAAGAAGUCACGGCCUUGCCAAUCGCCACCACGGGGCGAAAGGCUAGGUCUACUAGGGAGGAGUAGAUAUAGGUCAUGUUCGGAGCCAUCGACCGUUGCUCUGCUGCAUGCACUCUGCACGGGAAGCCGACACUAGCUACCCAACGAGGCUACCGUACCGACAUCCAUCACUCGUCCAUGAGUUGUAGUGUCAUGCUAUCUCAAGUCCGCGACCCUAUCUGCACCAACUCCUGCCCGACCCCCCAUGACGAAAUUACCCUAUUAGGUCGUGUUAACUACCAGAUCGACCACCUUGCCGCACCAGCACCAUCCAUGGCAUGCUAAGUUGCGACUCUGCCCGGCCGUUAAGCCACUACUGCACUUUCCGGGACCGUCAUCCCCGCUUCCACCGUUUUGCAUGGGAAGAUGACCCUGUCAGGGGUCAAGGCCUUCAAUACGAUACCUCCAAGGAGAAAACGACGUAAACGUUACUUUGCCCGCUAUGGAGAAACUGGAUUUGGGGGUUUCACCCCAAGAGCACAAAAGACACGAGGUGGGUGAGCCAGAGCUACAUGACAAUGCCUCGAAUGAGAGAGACAACAUCCUGGAUGUUGUUCUCACCGACGUCGACCAAAAUGGAAGCAGGAGUUUCACCGGAAGCACCACAUGUCAUUAGCAAGCCGCCUAAUUUGGACCACCAAAACUCCCUCGCCCACCAGCUUGCCUUCCUUGGCACCUCUCCCUCCAUAGCCCAUAGCGGCUAGCAAAGUCAAAAUUCCAGACAAUUCAUGGUGGGUGCUCACAGCCACCGGGCGGUCAAUAAAAAUGGCGGAAAGGGCUAGGGUCUUCAUUUUUGCAAAAAAAAAGGAAAAAAAAAGAUGUGUCAUGAUAUGUUGAGUUUCUUUUACCACGUAAAAUACCUCUUUAUUCAUUAUCGAUAAUGGUUACAAGGAGCUACGGGGCGCGUAAAUGCAUUUCAGUUAUCGACCGUGAUGGUAGGACAAUGUGAAACUUUCUUCUUUUCUAAGAAGAGAAAAAAAAACGUGAUUUUUUUUUUUAGAGGAAACGUGAAACACGUGAAUCUUUUGGUGUGAGCGGGUUUCAUACACUCCUGUGGCCUCGGACCGGUUAUAGUCGGGCUUCAGGGACUUGGGCCAGGCAUGGCUCGUUUACUGGGAUGCCGGGCCGAGGCCAGCCCCGUGGCCAUGUUUGUCUCGAAGUGGCAUUCUCGUAAAUGAUCCCGAAAGCCCAAAAUCGCUCUCUCCCAAAUUUUUUCGAAAUCUCCUCACUCGGGGUCUCUCCGUCGUCUCCGACCUUCGAUUCCCCACCGGACCCUCCAAUGGCCGCUCCGGCGCUGGUGCUCACGCUGGCGGUGGAGAGGGGCUCACGCAAGGGAGAGAUCCGGCAAUGCCUCCCCCAAGUCGUCGGCCGCGUCUCCAAAGGCAACGACCCUCGCCGUCUCGCCAUCGAAUUCCUGCCACCGCCCGCCGCCAGGUGGGUCGUCUCUGAUCUAGGCGCCUGCAACGGUACCUUCCUCAACGGCGCGCCCCUCGUCCCCUCCUGAUCUAGGGUGGGCGAAAGAAGGCGGCUGCAGAGGCCCCGGAAGAAACGGAUGGCGAAAGAUGGCAGGGGAGCCCCCCCUCAACCUGAGAGGGAUGACGAGGAGAGAAGGAGGAAGUAGCGCUGGCGACCCGCCGUGGCGGGCGGAAGAACCGAAGAAGGCUGCGGAGCCUCCUGAACCGGAGAAGAAAGAGGAGUUUGCCUCGGUGGUGAAGCUCCGUGGCGGGAGGAAGAAGGAUGGCAGGAUGCAGCGGCAGACGCCCUUCCGCCACUACCUCCAAAGACGAGGUCCCCUAAGUUUCAACAUGCAAAGUCGUUCUUCAACUGUGCCUACUUUGGCGUAUAGAGCAGAUUCCUGGACUAAGGUAAGCAAUAUCAUCUUCAUUGAUGCCCCCAUCAAUGCUGGGUUUUCCUAUUGUCGUGAAGGUGAUGCGUACCAUUCAAGUGAUACCCAAAUGGCUUCACAGAUCCUUGAAUUUCUUAGGAAGUGGCUUGAUAAUCACAAUUCUUUUAAAAACAAUCCUCUCUAUAUCGCCGGCGAUUCAUAUGCUGGUCUGAUUGUACCAGUUGUCGCAUCAAAGAUAGCUAAUGAAGAUGAAUUUAGCAACAUGCCAUUUUUCAAUCUAAAGGGUUACGUUGUUGGCAACCCAGUAACUGAUGACAACUUCGAAACCAAUGCUCAAAUUCCAUUUGCUCAUGGCAUGGGUCUCAUUUCUGAUGAGUUAUAUGAGUCGGCGAAAAGAAGUUGUGGUGGAGUCUAUUUGGAUAACAAGAAUUUUGAGUGUCAGAAGAACAUCCAGUCUUUCGACGAGUGCGUAAAAGAUAUAAAUAAGUUUCAUAUCUUAGAGGCGGACUAUCCCUUGGAUUCUACAAGAUCUGGUGAACUCUAUGCUCGAGUUAGAAGGGAGCUUUCUGUAACUGAGGAAAAUGCUGAAGUGAUUUCCUCAGCUGUCUCCACAAUUCCUUCAAGAUCUAGAUACUUCGGUUACCUCCUCUCACCACUUUGGGCAAACAGUGAUGCUGUUAGACUGUCACUUGGCAUACGCGAGGGAUCAAUUUCCAAAUGGAAAAGAUGCAAACGUUAUGACGCAUCCUGGUACACUAGAGACAUCGAAAGUGCAGUCCCGUAUCAUCUCAUUUUGAUAACAAGGGGUUACCGUGCACUAGUAUACAGUGGCGACCAUGACAUGGUCGUGCCUUAUCUUGCAACCCAAGCGUGGAUCAGGCAACUUGAUUUCUCCAUUGUGGAUGAGUGGAGGCCUUGGUAUGUCACCGGACAAGUCGCAGGGUACACAAGGAUGUAUUCCAACAAUCUCACAUUUGCGACUGUGAAGGGUGCUGGACACACUGCUCCUGAAUUCAGGCCGAAGGAGUGUUUUGCUAUGUUUCAACGGUGGCUAGAUCAGUAUGCUCUUUGAAUGUUGGAAUUCUAGAGAUACAUUAGUUAGUGAGAAACUACAGUGAGGUCUGUCUGUGGAAUAGAUUUUGUUGGUUUUUUUAUGGAAAUAAACAUAACUCUUUGUUUCUUCAGCA